AUUCGCAAUCCAAAGCAUACAAGAUACAAAGAUUAUUGAAUGAAAACACUCCCUCCCUCCAGUUUCCUAGGCACCCAGUUUCCCCUCCCCCGAGCUGGCUGCAAGACUCACUGGGUGCUGUCCCCCCGCCCUCCGCCCCCCGGGGCUGACGCCCGAGGCUCUGCUAUGGACGGCAAGACCGAAGUAGAUUUUUCCAGCAACAACUUAACCCCUUUGUGGCGGAGGCGUUCAACCCCUCAGCCCCAGCUGCUGGGCCGGAGCAAGCCGAGGCCCCAGUCCUACCAGAGCCCCAGCGGGUUGCUGAUCACGGAUUUCCCGGUGGAGGACCGAGGGAAGCCCCCCGCGGCGCAGACUCCGGCCCAGGUGCCCACCGCCUCCGACGGCAGGACGAUCCAGAGGAGCCCCCUGCUUCUGUGCGCCCAUCGGAGGUUGGUGACCAAUGGGAGGACCGUCUCCCCGGAGUACAGGGCUGUUUCUCCUCGGCUUCGACGGCCCAAGUCACCCCAGGAACCCAGAGCGGCGUCGGGCGGCUACCCCAAAUCCCCAGCGAACGGCACUGCGACUUCGCCCGCGCAGCUGCCGCUGCACCGCCCGCGGACUCCUCAUGCGUCUGCCCCCUGCAGCCCCGAGGGGGACAGGGCCGGAUUCCCCGCCAGCCCCUUGCUUUCGCCUGCUGCAAGUGCGCUUAUCCCUAAUACCGCCUCCCCAGGCGCGCGUUCGCUGUCCGGCCAGAUGGCUAAGGACCCUGAGCGGGGACCUUCGAGACUCUCUCCCGCGCCUCACAAAAGGUCUUUGGAGCAAAAACUCCCCCUCCAAAGGCUUCCCUCACAGGAGAACGAGCUCCUGGAGAAUCCUUCAGUGGUUUUGAGCACAAACAGCCCCGCCGCCCUCAAAGUGGGGAAACAGCAGAUCAUUCCGAAGAGUCUGGCCUCGGAAAUUAAGAUAAGUAAAUCCAACAGUCAGAAUGUGGAGCCCCACAAGAGACUGCUUAAGGUGCGCAGCAUGGUGGAGGGCCUUGGAGCGCCCCUGGGCCCCGCAGAGGACGAGGGCGAGGCGGAGAACGACUUGGACAGUCCGGGGUCUCUGCGGAGAGGCUUGAGGUCCACGUCCUAUCGCAGGGCGGUGGUCAGUGGCGUUGAUUUUGACAGUCCUACCACCUCGAAGAAGAAGAACAGAAUGUCCCAGCCUAUUCUGAAAGCGGUAAUGGAAGAUAAGGAGAAGUUUUCCAGCCUGGGAAGGAUAAAGAAAAAAAUGCUGAAAGGACAAGGAACAUUUGAUGGGGAAGAAAACGCUGUUCUGUAUCAGAACUACAAAGAAAAGGCCCUUGACAUUGACUCUGAUGAAGAGUCAGAGCCUAAAGAAAAGAAAUCAGAUGAAAAAAUUGUGGUUCACCAUAAGCCACUGAGGCCUACGUGGAGCCAGCUCUCUGCGGUGAAAAGAAAUGGAUUAUCUCAGACAGUUAGCCAGGAAGAAAGAAAGAGACAAGAGGCUAUCUUUGAAGUUAUAUCCUCUGAACAUUCAUAUUUACUCAGCUUGGAGAUCUUGAUACGAAUGUUUAAAAAUUCUAAAGCACUGAGUGAUACGAUGACCAAAACAGAGAGUCACCAUCUUUUCUCCAAUAUUACAGAUGUCUGUGAGGCAAGCAAAAAAUUCUUUACAGAGUUGGAAGCAAGACAUCAGAAUAAUAUUUUCAUAGAUGACAUAAGUGACAUUGUGGAAAAACACACAGCAUCCACAUUUGACCCAUAUGUGAAAUACUGCACAAAUGAAGUCUACCAACAGCGGACACUACAAAAAUUGUUAGCCACCAACCCAUCUUUUAAGGAAGUUUUGUCCCGAAUCGAGUCCCACGAAGACUGUAGGAACUUACCCAUGAUCUCUUUUCUCAUUCUCCCCAUGCAGAGGGUGACCCGCCUUCCCCUGCUGAUGGAUACUAUCUGUCAAAAGACACCUAAGGACUCUUCAAAGUAUGAAGUCUGCAAAAGGGCCUUAAAGGAAGUAAGCAAGUUGGUUCGACUCUGCAAUGAAGGAGCUCGGAAGAUGGAAAGGACUGAAAUGAUGUACACAAUUAACUCCCAGCUGGAGUUUAAAAUUAAGCCUUUUCCUCUAGUCUCCUCUUCCCGCUGGUUGGUCAAAAGAGGUGAGUUGACAGCCUAUGUGGAAGACACUGUGCUUUUCUCAAAAAGGACGUCCAAACAGCAAGUCUACUUCUUCCUCUUUAACGACGUGCUCAUUAUCACCAAGAAGAAGAGUGAAGAAAGUUACAAUGUCAAUGAUUAUUCCUUAAGAGAUCAGCUACUGGUGGAGUCUUGUGACAGUGAAGAACUUAAUUCUUCUCCAGGGAAGAACAGUUCCACAGUGCUUUAUUCAAGACAGAACUCUGCUAGUCACCUCUUUACGCUGACAGUCCUUAGUAACCACGUGAACGAGAAAGUGGAGAUGCUGCUGGGAGCUGAGACUCAGAGCGAGCGAGCCCGCUGGAUAACUGCCCUGGGACACAGCAGCGGGAAGCAGCCUCCGGACCGAACCUCACUGACCCAAGUGGAAAUCAUUAGAUCAUUUACUGCCAAGCAACCAGAUGAACUCUCCCUGCAGGUGGCGGACGUGGUCCUCAUUUAUCAGUGUGUCAGCGAUGAUAAGGAAAAGGAAACAGAGAGAAGCCAAGUAAUUUGCCUAAGAUACGUGGUAUGCACUCUGUAUCUAAUCCAGCUGGCUGAGCCUUACUCAGGACUAAGUAUAGAAUAUGCCUUCUCUACUAGGACUGGAAGCUUGCACCUGGUUUCUCCUGGACUCUACCGUAUGCACCUUUACCUCUGCCAAUUUUAAUCUGUAAUAAUUUGCUGUUAAGAACAGCUACUAAAUUUAAGAAUCC